UGCCUAAUUUUAAAAUUCCAAUUCGUUAAUCAGAAAUCUACUACUUGUAUGGUCCAGAUCACCAAAAUCACAGAAUUCGCCAUACAUCUUUCUAACAUACACCAAAAUCACAGAAUCUCUAAAUCUUUCCAAAAUUUUUGUACCUCUCUCUCUCCCCUUCAAUAGCCUCUUAUUUCGAACAGAGAUACACGAUUUACUUCAGCAAUAUCUAUGCUUUGCAAAGUAAAGUAAUAUUUAUUCUUGAUCUUUUCCUACUGUAUUCCUAGAGGUUUGAUCUAGUGUUUUCGGAUCGACUUAGAAAAAGCUAGAGGGAAUGGCGAGUCCUGUCAACGUUGCUCAGGUGGGUUCGUAUUUCAUUCAGCAGUAUCAUCAGAUGUUUCAUCAGCAAAGGGAUACGGUGCAUCAGUUUUACACCGAUGAUAGUUCCAUGAGUAGAAUUGAUGGGGAUUCAAGUGAAUCGUUUUCGGGAAGGGUGCAAAUUCAUCAAGUAAUCAUGUCCCUAAGUUUCACGUCAGUUGAGAUCAAGACAAUAAAUUCUCUUGAAUCAUUGAAUGGAGGUGUUCUCGUGGUGGUUUCUGGUUCUGUAAAGUCAAGGGAUUUUGAUGGGUGGAGAAAAUUCGUGCAGACGUUUUUCCUUGCUCCCCAAGAGAGCAGUUAUUUUGUUCUGAAUGAUAUCUUUCACUUUGCUGACGAGAAGGUUCCUCUCCAACCUCCACCUACAUCAGUGGAGGAACAGAAAAAUGAUUACCAACCAAAUAUUUCUGCUCAUCUUCCCGAGACACCAGUCUCUGACGAUGCCUUGGAGGAGGAGGCCAGGGAAUACAUGUACUCUGUUCAUAUUGAAGGAGAUGAGCCGGUAGAAGGAUAUAGUUUUCAGAAGCAUGAUUCCGAGGCCGAAACAGUAGACAAGGAACCUGCUUUUGAAGAAUCAAGUGUGUUGAUUCAAGAUUCAGGUACUACUGUGCAAGAAGCCAUGCCUGCUGCAGAGAAACCUGUUGGAGAGCUUCCAAAGUUGACUUAUGCUUCCAUAUUGCUGGCCCCUAAAGGAAAACUUGCACCAUCAGUCAGUUUUCAGCCAUCUUUCACUUACAGCAAUCAACCUGCUUCAAAUUGGUACCAAGCAUCACCAGUUCAGCAGUCAAACCCUGUGGUGUCAGGUGUACCAGAUUCUGGGUUGAAUUUAGUUGAUAAUGGUUUAUCACAAGAGGAAGGGGAUUCAAGAUCUGUCUAUGUGAAGAAUCUGCCUUCUAGUGUUACUAGGCUAGAUAUUCUCCAAGAGUUUAAGAACUUCGGGAAAAUCAAGCACGAUGGAGUCUUUUUAAAAAAUCGCCAGGAUACUGGUGUUUGCUAUGCAUUUGUUGAGUUUGAAGAUGUGCAGAGUGCUCGGAAUGCUAUCAAGGCAUCUCCAGUUCAGUUGUCUGGAAGGCCAGUCUACAUUGAGGAGAGAAGACCAAAUAACAGCAGCGCUUCUCGUGGAGGGAGAAGUGGAAGGGGAAGAGGCAAAGGAGGUCGUUUUGGUACAAGGACUUUUGCAGGGACAACAUAGUGGGAAGCGUUUCUCUGGUACUUGCUGACAUAAAGAUAAUUGAAACAGAGGAUUAAUUAUGCUAUUCUCUUGAUUGUUUUUUAUUUCCAAUUCAAGAGGGCAUAUUUGCUUUUUGGAGCUUUGUUUUUUAUGAAAUGAUAUUGUUGCAGUCUACCUUAUCACACACACCAUAAAUGUUUUUAAUGAUAUAAUAUUUGCUACCUCAUAAGAACUUGGAGAUAUGGGUAUCCGUAGUCUGUCUACAAGAAUUAUAUGAUCAAAAAUUACAUGACAAUUUAUAUUGUGAUGCCUGAAAGUUGAAAAUGCAUCUAAUCUUCCUAUCA